AUGUCCGCAGUGGAAGAUCUCGACAACCUCGACCCGUACAUGCAGACCCUCGAGCAGGCGUCCCGCCCCGGUUACACAUCCCUCUUCAACACGCCGCCACUAAACGACGGAGACAUCUCGCUCGCGCACGUGAACUUCUGGAACGCCUACGACAUCUACGACUACGUCCGCUACCGCUACUCCCACGAGCAGGCCGUCUACGACGGUCUCCAAGACGGGUAUGCGCAACGCAUCGAGUUCCUCGAAAUGUACGCCCGCCUCCAGCAGCUCAACAUGACCUCCAACCAAGCCGUCUCGGGGCUCAAAAAGGGAGACAUGAUCCGCACCAUCGCCGGCCGGACCUUUGCGCGCAGAGUUGUCGACGCCCUCGAGGCCAACGGCAACUUCGCCGGCUACUCCAACAAGAUGACCCUCCUCUUCAGCUCCCAGGAACCUUUUCUCUCCUUCUUCUCCCUCGCGGGACUCCAGAAGCCGAACCAGACGCUCUCCACGACCCCCUUCUGGAGCCUCCCCGAAAACGGCGCCGCCAUGGUCUUUGAGCUCGUCGGCGACCAGCCCAACGAGCCAGACACCUAUCCGACCGAGGAGAACCUCUACGUCCGCUUCCUCUACCGCGAGAACGCCGAUCCCGGCACUCCCUUCCUCGAGUAUCCCCUCUUCGGCCUCGCCGAGGGCGACACCCGCGUGACGUACAGCUACUUCAAGCAGGAGAUGUCCAAGUUCGGCAUCGACACGGCGACGUGGUGUAGCAUCUGCGGCUCGAUCCAAUCGUUUUGCGACUGGCAGACCACAAAGACGACGCCGACCGUCGGCGAGGCCAUCCGCUCGGCUGUGCAGAAGCCCGUUGUCGCGGGUAUCAUUGGCGCCAUCAUCGUCCUCGCCGUCUUAGGCCUGGUCGUUGUCUCGGGGGCUGUUCUUGGUGGUUUCCGGAUUCAUCGUGGCGGAGCAGGAGGAGGAAAGGACGGCAAUGGCCGGAUCGCCGGGCUUGGCGGGUUCCGGGCCGCUGAAAAGAUGGCUAGUGACCCGGACCUGGCUGUCUCUGGGCGCGGGGUGCGACACGAGCGCCAGGGGAGCUGGGAGCUGCGUAACGGACGGGAGGUCUCGGGAGGCGAUGGCCAAGCGGGUAUCGCUGUGGACAAGAGUGCGUCGACGUUCCAGGCGAAGCCUGUUGAUGAUGAUGCCAUUAGUGUCAUGGGGGCUUCGCCUGUGAAGCCCAGAGAGAGCGUCUGA